CGGGGGAGGUGAAGCUACUUUACACUUCAUAAACUUUGUGGAGGAAUCAGAGGAAGGUUGAACAGCAGAGAGGUAGGGACGUCUUAUUGUACAUUUUUCACAGGAAAAGAACUGCAGCUUUGAUUUAGUCGGACAUGUUUUCUAAGGAUUCUUCUUCACAGUGAAAAGACUUGGCAUUAAAGAACUCCCUUCCUCCCCGCGUGCCGGUGAAUUAUUACUCGACUUGAGCUGCGUUUGCCUUUUUUACCUUUGCAUAUCCAACAUCCAUACAUUUCUGAAAUGGCUUUUAAAGCAUUCACACUAGAACAAGUCUUUGAAAAGCUAGCAGCCUCGAAAGAGAGGGACAAAUCCAGCAUCCAGUGUGUCGAGUGUUAUGACCGAAAUGUGUAUAUAGGGACCAAAGACGCAACAGUCCAGCACCUCUUUCUUACCCUUGGUACACAUGGAGACCAGAGCAAAACUAGAGAAGGUAGGGCAAGAAAACUAGGCUCAAGCAGCUCGGUAACCCAACUGAGGGCAGUUCCACUUUUCAACCAUCUGCUGGUCCUGUGGGACCGGUGCGUUACUGCCCUCAACAUGUUCUCCUUGGAGCCUGUUCCUGCUCUGAAGAAAAUCCAGCAUGUGUCUUUGUUUGAACUGUGCGAAUCGUCACUGGCAGCGCAGGCAGCAUGUGUGGAGAUGGUGACGUCCUCCAGCCGCCGGAAAGUGAUCCGGAUCCAUGCGGUGGGAGUUGACAGGUGGGAGGUCGUAAAGGAAGUCCCUCUGCUCCAAGACCCUGUGGCUUUGGCAGUAGAUGGUACAAGUCUGUGCAUUGCCACCAGCGACAGGUAUCUCCUGUGCGACAUCCAGACUGGGAGCACUGAGGAGCUUUUUCCUCAUCAGCACAGCAGGCAGCAUGCCAUCGUCACCUCAGUGGGUCGAGGGGAGUUCCUCCUGAACGGCCCCGGAUUUUUGGGCAUGUUUGUGAUGAAGACGGGGAUAUGCCAGCGCCCUCCCCUGCAGUGGCCUCAGGAGGUGCUGGCAGCCGGAGUAUGUUUCCCUUACAUCCUAACCCUGCAGCCCCAAAUGCUGUCUGUCUACAGCAUGUUAGAUCAGCAGCACAAACAGACUGUGAGUCUCAGCGGAGCAAAGGGUCUGAUUUCCACAUCAGGUAAACCAGGCAACAUCGAUUCAUCAACUCAUGCAGGCAGAUCGUACACCUCCAGCCUGACAAAUUGUGUGUUUUGUGUUUUAUUUAAAAAGACGUCACCGUGUUUGUUUCAGUUUGUACUAAUUCAGUCAAUCAUUCUUGCACCUACCAACACACUGCAAACCAAAAACAAAUCUCUCCUUCAAGACGGCGCAUUAGUGUUCACGGAGAGAGACGUUUUCUGCCUGAGCCUGGUGCCAUUCGAAGAGCAAAUCCAAGCACUUGUAGGACAUGAGAAAGUGGAGGAGGCCUUAUUGCUGCUGGAUGGAGUUCAAAGCCAUCGUCCACUUGAGUCAUACAAGGAGCUGCAGAAGGCCAUCACUUGCCUGGCUGGAUUUGCUCAUUUUUACCGGGAGGAUUUUUCUGAGGCCAGAGAUUUAUUCAUUAAAGGUGAGCUGGACCCCAGAGAAAUCAUCCGCCUCUAUCCUGGCAUGCAGUUGUGUCUCGGCGAGGACUUUCAAUCUCAUCUUGAUCAAGUGAACAAGGGCAGGGAUCUCCAGGUGCUCUGGCAGGACGACAGAAACACAUUUCAUCAUUACCUGGCCUUCCUGGGAGACUUUCUCAGAGCAGUCAGAGGCACAGAGCAAGGCCUAAAGUGCAGUAAGGAAGUGGACGGCGCCCUCCUGAGGCUGUAUGUAGAACUGGGAGACACUGAGAAUCUACUGCAGCUUGUGGAUUCUCCUAAUGAGUGCAGCCUGGAUCAGUGCGUCCCUGUUCUGGAGCAACACAACAGAUUUUUUGCAUUAGGUUUCCUCUACGAGAGCCAUGGGUUGCAAAAUGAUGCACUAAAGACCUGGGUGAAGAUUACAGAUGGCUUCCACAAAGACUCUUCCUGCUCAGAUGUGUAUGGACACAUAGUGAGGACUCUGAGUCAGCUGGAAGACAAAGACACUGUGUGGGCAUUUGCAGACUGGACUCUGCAAAGAAACCAGGAGAUAGGGGUGCAGAUUUUCACCAAGCGUCCUCCGGAUGAUCAAUUUGAGACACAAAACAUCCUCACUUUCUUGGAGAAGUAUCCCCUGGCAUUGCUUUCAUAUCUUGAGUUUUUAAUCCAUGAUUUGAAUAGCGAGGAGGAGAGGUAUCACAACCGUCUGGCCGUGGCAUAUGUUAAUCAGACGCUGCAAGAGGAAGAGGAAACAAAGUCGGAUGCGAGGGAGACCAGAGGGAAGUUGCAGCAGAUGCUAUGGGAUUCCGAAUUCUAUGACAUCUCCACUGUGUAUGACAGAGUGAAGUCAACAACCCUGCACCCGGAGAAAGCCAUUCUCCUCGGCAGGGCUGGUGAACACUCCACAGCACUGCAGCUGCUUGUUCAUGAGGAGAAAGACCUCCAGGCUGCAGAGGUCUUCUGCUGCAGGGCGGCUCAGGGCCGAGGCACACACUUCAGACAGGUCCUGCUGCUGAACCUGCUCCAGAUCUACCUGAGCUCUGAGGCUCUCACAGGCGCUGCCGUGGAUCUGCUCAACAGUCACCCUCAGCUGUUUGCAUUGGAGAAGGUGAUCCAGCUGCUCCCUGAAUCCUGGUCUGUUCAGCUGGUGUCCCCGUUCAUAGUUGGAUCUCUGAGGAAAACCUUCCACCAGAGGCAGAUGGCGAGGGUGCAAAAGGCUUUGGCCCAGGCCGAGCUCUUAAGGCACAAGGUCAUGUGGAUGCAGGCUUCCCAAACAAAGUUCAGGGUGGGAAAGGAGCAGAAGUGUAGUGUUUGUCAGAGAAACCUUGUGGGUCCACAGUUUGUCCGUAACCUGCAAGGUGAGCUGAUGCACACAAGCUGCACUGGCUACUCUGCAUCGUAAAGACAUUGAUACACCAGACUGUUUCCUGUUUUUGCACUAGUAUGUGUCUCUGCACUGUUGAGAAUCAUUUUUACUGGAUAAGUAUCUGCUUUCUACCUGAUCAUUUUUCUAGAUUAGACUGGGCCAUCGAUGUAAACUUUGUACAAGGAUUCAAUUCAUGGACAUUGGAACACACACAUUCUCUAAUUAGAUAAAAGAAAAUGCAUUGUGUAAAUAAAUGGUUUGAAAAUGCAAAA